GAAGAAAGGUGUUUUAAAAGAGAGUCCAAUUCUCUGCAUGUAAAAUGCUUCUUGUUGCUGCUACUUUUGAGUUUCAUUUUACUUUUCUUCCCUCUGGAAAAUAAGCCAUAGGUUUUUCUUUUGACCUCUCUUUCACGUAACCUGGUGUUGAUUUCACUUGUUUCUUUAUAUAUAUAUAUAGAUAGAGAGACUGAUUAUUCUCCUGGCCAUUGGUUUUUCUUUUCUGCUUUGAAUAGAUCUCUAUCAGUUCUCUUUUUUCUCUCUCUCUUUCACUCUUUGAUUUAGUGACUUGAUCAGUUUUGGUCACUGAGUAGUUGUGUACUAAUCCAAUGCUUAGGCUAAGUUUUAUUCACUCACACCAUUCCUUUCCAACAUUUCCAUAACUGGGUUUCUUUGAUUCCAUUGUCUGGCUUUUUGGGGUUCCAAGGUUCUUUCUUCUCAUCCGGGUUACCCCUCAUUCAAGGGAAGAACAUAGAAAGCCCUCUCUGAACUUUUUCUGACAGUGUUUCUUGUUCAAGUAGUUCUUUUGAUUGUCUUAAGUUUUUGAAGAAGAUCUCAAGAGUUUGAUAUUGAUGGAGCCAACGAAGUCAAAGAUCAACAAAAUGUUUUCACCAGCAAGGAAAGGCUCUGUGGAUGGCAGGGGAGCUCCAAAUUUGGCAGACUUGGAGAUAAGACCGUGUGGAAUGUUGGUUCAAAAGCGCAAUGGGGAGACGAAUCCAACAUCUAUUUCAAUUCCCAUAAUCAGAGUUAGAGUCAAGUAUGGCUCUUCAUAUCAUGAGAUUAGUAUCAGCUCCCAUGCUAGCUUUGGAGAGUUGAAGAAAAUGUUGGCAGGACCAACUAAGCUGCAUCAUGAAGAUCAGAAGCUGAUAUACAAGAACAAGGAGAGAGAUUCCAAAGAGUUUCUUGAUGUGGCAAGAGUUAAAGAUGGAUCCAAAAUUGUGUUGGAGGAGGACAUUGUGAGAAGAGAAAAAAGGUGCAUAGAGUUGCUCAGAAAUGCAAAUUCUCAGAAGUCACUGAAAGCCUUGGCCGAAAUAAAUUUGGAAGUUGACAAGCUUGCAGGACAGGUCACAGCAUUGGAAGCAACAGCUUCAAAAGGUGGGAAAGUAGUGGAAAAAGAUGUAGAGAAUUUGACGGAGCUCUUGAUGAUGAGGUUGAUUAAACUUGAUGGAAUUGUUGCAGAAGGAGAUUUAAAAUUGCAGAGAAGAGUGCUGGUGAGAAAAGUUCAGAAGUACAUAGAGAUUCUUGAUAUGUUGAAGUACCAGAAUUCCAAAUCUAGCAGCAAUGGGGCAAAAAUUCAACUGCAGAAACAAGAUAAACCAGGUGGCCAUGUUCUGAAAGACACGAGGCCAAUGCAGAAACAGCAAGUGCCUACAAACAUGGGACAUUCUGUAAGGACAAUUCCAAAGAUGCAGCAACAACAGCAGAUGCAUUCUGAAUCGAUAGUCGUUACAACUAAAUGGGAAACUUUCGAGUGAAUCAGAAGUUGCUUGAGCAAAUCAUCCUCAAAUUUCUAUGUCCAACCAAAUGAGAAUUGUUCUUGGUGGUCAUCACUGUCUGUUCUCCAUGGAUUCCUCUUGAAAAAGUUACGGUGGGUCUCAUUAUGUUACUGUGUAUCUUAUUCUAUAAUCAUUUUUUGAGUUGUCUUUUUGCUAAGUUGUAUAUAACCUAUGGUGGAUAAGUGAAAAAGAUAAGGGGAUACAUAAAAGAAGAGAUUGGGUCAUUGGGGUGAUUCAUUGAGGAUUUAUAUAAUAGAAAUAAGGAAGUUGUUAUGUGAUCCAGUCACAAG